GAUCUGGGUUCGUUGCCUGAAAAUGGGCAGCGAAAUCGAAGAAUUUGAAGAUCCAAAACUUUCAUCUGAAGCAUUGGAGAACAAUCGUGCAUCUUCGUCGAAGGAAGGCAAAGGAAAGCGGCUGUGGGAGAAGGUGAAGUAUCAGUUGGUUGAGUACCACACUUUGCCAAAUUACUUGAGGGACAAUGAGUUCAUCUUAGGCCAUUACCGGUCUGAAUGGCCAUUGAAGCAGGUCUUGCUUAGUAUGUUUACCAUCCACAACGAGACGCUGAACGUUUGGACGCAUUUGAUCGGAUUCUUCCUUUUUCUUUCCUUGACCAUAUACACUGCAAUUAAGGUUCCAGAGGUCGUUGAUCUUCAUGCUCUGCAGCAUUUACCUGAUGUGCUGAAAAAGGCUGAUCUGCACAAAUUACAUGAAGAAUUCAUGACCUGCCUCCCUUCCUUACCCAACAUGCCAGAUCUUAACAGACUUAGAGAAGAGUUAAAGACAUCGUUAACUUCAAUCGAUCUGCUACCGUCACUCUCUGGUUGGCAUGUUAUGGAACUUCUGAAAAACUGUUUGCCGCAACGAUUCUCCCAUGGCAACCAAACUGAUGUCUGUGUGCUGCGUAGCAUGAAGGAGGAUGUAGCAAACAUAGUAGCACCAUUGAUGAUUAGACCAAUCACGAGAUGGCCAUUUUUUGCUUUCUUGGGGGGAGCCAUGUUUUGCUUGCUGACCAGCAGCGCAUGCCAUCUUCUCUCUUGCCACUCCGAGCGCAUGUCGUAUAUCAUGCUCAGGAUGGACUAUGCUGGAAUCGCAGCCCUUAUAUCUACCUCAUUCUACCCUCUCGUCUACUACACCUUCAUGUGCAACCCUUUCUUCUGCGCCCUCUACAUGGGAUGCAUAACCCUCUUGGGAAUCGCCACAGUUUUGGUUUCCCUCAUCCCAGUAUUUCAAAAUCCCGAAUACCGAAUAGUCCGUGUAUCUCUUUUUCUUGGCAUGGGCUUGUCCGGGAUUCUACCUGUCAUGCACAAGCUGAUCUUGUUUUCAGAUCAACCUGAGGCACUCCACACAACCGGGUAUGAGAUUCUGAUGGGGCUUCUCUACGGCGUGGGAGCCCUGGUUUAUGCCACAAAUCCAGAACGAUGGAUGCCUGGGAAGUUCGACAUAGCAGGGCACAGCCACCAGCUGUUUCACGUAUUGGUGGUGGCGGGGGCAUACACCCAUUACCGUGCAGGGCUCGUGUACCUCAAGUGGCGCGACUUAGCGGGUUGCUGAUUUAGUGAAUUAGGAAGACUGCCUAUUGACUCUGGUAUUAGUGGGUAAGGUCUCUGUUUGUUGUUAUUUUUUGCGUAGGUGAACAAUGACGUUUCUCUAGUGUAAAUAAUGUGAUUUCCGAUUUGUGACUAGAAUCGGGCACAAAAAAUCGUGUUUGGUUCGCGGGAAAAUGAAAAAAAGGAAACAUUGUAUUGGAGUA